ACCAUCCCAUGCCAUCCCAUGGCCAGCAACUGGUGCAAGGACCGGCAGGGAGGAAGAAUCAAUCAACGCGUCUCCUGACCGACUCGAGGCCUCCCCCACUUUCAACCAAAUCGCCAACGCUGCUGCCUCUUCUAAUGACACAUCCUCAAGACGAAACUGGGAUGGGGAGAUAGCAGGUGCGAGGGGAAGGCAUGCGGAUGGUUCAGGAGAUGGGGGGAGAAGCAAGAGAGGAGGGGGUGGCAAUGGCAGCAGUAGGAGUCGGAAUGUGGGUCGUUUAGGGGUUGGGGAGGGAGGGGUGGAAGGGGGGGAUCAGGAGAAGCAGGGACAGUUACGGUACGUGUCUGAUUCACUCCCAGGCUCGGAUUGUCACCGACCGAUUGGACGAGCUGCUCUUGCGAUUAGAUCUUGUUUCGGCCGGACCAGUGGGGUCUGGGAGUGGUGA